AUGGCAACAAAACCAUUUCCACCUCCCCAUGGCAUGACGUCUUUCUGGCGCGCUACUCCAGGAUCACUGGAUGAUUACCGGUCAACACCGGAAUUGCCUUCCAAAUGCGACAUUCUUAUCAUCGGCGCAGGUUAUUCAGGCGCAUCGAUUAUCACUCACAUGCUAUCGCAACCUGAGUCACAGGACAAGUCAAUCGUCGUCUUGGAAGCUCGCCAGCUAUGCUCCGGAGCCACAGGGCGAAAUGGAGGACACAUCAAGCCUGAUGUCUACAACUUGUGCGCAAGGAUGGCUUUUAAGCAUGGAGUCGCUGCAGCAGCCGAGAUCGCCGACUUUGAACUUGCCAAUGUAGAGGCCGUUAAAAAUUAUGUCCAAGGCCAGAACGUCGACUGCGAUUUUAUGAUGACACAAGCUGUCGAUGUGCAGCUCUCGGAAGAUCACAACCGCGCUCUCAAGUCUGGCUACGAUCAAAUGGUCAAUGCUGGCGUAGAGGCGACUAAGAAGGCAUUCUACGUUGAUGGGAAAUAUGCUGAAACGGUCUCAGGCAUCAAAGGCGCGAAAGGAGCGUUCAAGUAUGCCACAGGUCAUUUAUGGCCCUACAAAUUAAUCCACCAUAUGUUUUCUGAGGCUUUGAAACAUGAGAACUUGAAUUUGCAGACCAACACGCCAGUCAACGAAAUUUCAGCUACACCCAAUACCGAUGGCUUCUGGUCCGUGACUACUGGCCGUGGUAUCAUCAACGCCCGCAAGGUAGUCAUGGCUACGAAUGCAUACACUGCUGCUCUUCUCCCAGAGUAUCACGAAAAGAUCAUCCCUUACCGCGCUAUCUGCAGUCGGAUAGUUGCACCGAACCCGCCGAUGCUGGCUGACUCGUAUGCCAUUCGAUUCAGUCCCAAGGAUUUUGACUAUCUCAUCCCACGACCCGACGGGAGCAUCAUUGUGGGCGGUGCCAGGUCAGCAUACUUUAGACGCAAGGACGAUUGGUACGGCAAUGUCGACGAUACAAAAGUUAUCGAAAGGGCCAAGGACUACUUUGAAGGAUACAUGCAGAGAUACUUCCGCGGUUGGGAAAACAGUGGUGCUUACACCGAGCAAGUGUGGACUGGAAUUAUGGGUUAUUCCUCCGAUGGACUUCCGCGGAUUGGACGUGUACCAGGAAGGGAAAACAUGUUCAUCAUGGGCGGCUUCACUGGACAUGGUAUGCCCCAGGUAUUCCUCACCGCCAAGGCAAUCAGUCGUAUGGUCCUCGGGGAUUUGGCGUAUUCGGAUACCGGACUUCCCCGGUUGUUCCAAGAGUCGCAGGUGCGGCUGGAAAGUAAGGAGAACUUUCUGCGAGAUAUGGCCGAUAGCGAGCCAAGUUUAGCAAGAAUUUAG